GCAUGGUAAUGACAUUGAUCUGAAGCCAUCAGGAAGCAAACGUAUGCGGAAACAUUCUUUUGUGGUGCAUGCUGGUACGGAUACCAAAGGGGAUGUGCUUUUCAUGGAGGUAUGCGAUGACUGUGUUAUCAUACGAAGUGGUAGUGGAGCUGUUUGUGAUCGUUGUUGGUAUGAGAGACUUAUCAACAUGACUUACUGCCCUAAAACAAAAGUCUUGUGUCUCUGGAGAAGACUGACCAAUACCACUCGUUUGGACAAGUAUUACACUAAAAAGUGUCGUGAGCUUUACUUCUGCAUUAAAGAAAGCAUGGAAAAAGCUGCCACUCGUCAAAAGAAUGGUAUUUCAGGAGAGCCAGAGUUAGGGGGAGAAUUUCCUAUUCAAGAUGUUAAGAGUGGUCAAGGUGGCCUCCUACAAGUUACCAUGGAAGGUGUUGGUCUAAAGUUUUCUCAGUCAAAGGAACUAGAGUGGUUCAUCGAACUGAAAGAUAUCAAGGAAUACAAAACAAAGAAAGAUAUCUUUAUGCUUGCAGAGUAUGAUCCAAAACGUAAAGAAACAGUUCGUCACAAGUUUCAGUCCAACAUGGCACAUGACAUUGGCUAUGCCAUGCUGUGUGUAUUUUCCUACAUUGCUGCUGCCAGAAGUGCUGAUAAUCACACACGCAAGGAACUGGAGGCAAGGAUGGCUGGGCGACGUCGCCAGUUUCUGCACUCCCCAUGAAUACCAGCUUCCUGUCAGUUCAUUCCUAUCAGUUUAUUCAACACCACUACUUUGAAUUUCAAAACUGUGAUCCUAUUUGGCAAGUAGAAAAUGUGACCAGGAUUUGUUAAAAGUGUGGGGGUAUUCUGUUUUUGUUCACUGACAAAUUGCAAAGCCAUGGCAUGGGGUUCAGGGCCAGCUUGAGGGCCCCCCAAAUUUUAAUCUUUAGAUGCUCUCUUGUGCAUUCUAGAGUUUUUCCUGAGCUUUUCACAAGUGAUUUUUCAUGGAAAAAUGACAGAUUUAAAAGUAACUACAUUGUUUAAGUGCUACAGGUAUAUUGCAAUUAUGUGUGAUUUUCAGUUUUUUAAAUAUGUUUACAUCGCAAAAAAUUGGAAAAUGAAUUCGAAUUGACAUACCUCUUGAUUGACAGGUGUUGCAAAGGUCUAUAUUUUAGUGUGAUUGCCUCCCUCUCAUAGUGAUUUGUCUAUUAAUUUAUUGUCAUUUACUGUGGUAAGUGAAGCAGAACGAAGUUAAUGUUGGAGCAGAAUAUUCAGCCGUUUUCAAUUUCCUCAGUGCAUCGAUGUGCAUUACACUGGUUGGGCCUACAUCUAGUACUUGCUGAUGCAUGUGUAAGUUUAACUGAAUUUAUAAACUAUACUUUUCAAGAGUGAUAAAUUAAUAAUUACUUGCCAAGCAAAUAGUACUACUUUUUCCAUGUCAAAUAACAAACGUCAGGUGUAACAGGGACUCAAAUGUCACACUUUUGGACCCCUGAUUUCUGGAACUAACCAUUAACGAGGUUCGACUGUGUAUGUCAUGUACAUGGCUAGCUGCACAGUUGCCAAAAUAUCUCUCAAACCAUGUAGAUUUGUGUUUGAAUGUACCUUUUAAAUUGAAAUUGACAGGAGAAAGUCAGAAAAGUUCUCAAAGAAUAAUAUCUAUUAUUUCUUUGGAAAAAAGUGCUUUGUGCUAUCCAUGAACUCAUCACAACAAUGGAGAAAAUCACAAAAGGCAGUCUCUAUCCACUCGUGUACCGCCCCUGGCACAUGCUAAGCUAUUGCGCACAGACCAGUAAGUUGACCAGCCGCCGGACCCUGCAUGCACUUAUCGCGCUGCGGUCAAAUGCACCCACACUCAUGAUUUAAACCUCAUUCUUUGUGAGGUAUUUCUGAUCCAUGUUUUUUUCAAAAACAAGACCUUUCUUGGAAAUGUCAGGGAAAGCCUUAAAAUUUAAGCCAUUUAGUUUUCACAGAUGAAACCCCCAGGAAAUUUAACUUUUUUUUUUUUUUUUGGUCACGGAAGGUUUGUCAUGGAUAAGCAGUUAAUGGUUUGGGCAACUCAAACGCUGUCCAUUCAUGCCAAAAACAAUUGAAAUAGUGUGGUCCCUGGGGAUAGAAAUCUUUUAGGUUCAUCAUUUUGAUCGGGAGACAAGGAACCAUGUUUUUGUACACAAAACGGUCCGUGCACACAACAUGUGCACUGGAGCCUAUUUCGAUUCCUACUAUUGGUUGGCAAUGGUAAACCCAAUAAGUGCGUGUUGCGGGCAAAAAUGGGUAUCAGGCAUAUAAGCAAUAAUCGGGAAAAGAAUUGCACACAUCGGGCCAAUAGGCAAGUGUGUACAUGUGGAUGUGUUUCCUGAUGAUUUUGGUGAAAUUAUUAAAGGAAAAUGCCUUUGUGAAUUUGACAUUGUUCAUUGUUUUAGAAUUGAACUCGCUUUUCGUAGGUAGACAAAUUAAGAUGGUAAAUUAUUUGUGCAAGUCUGUUUUAAUGGUGUCUUCCUGAACCCCCCACAUAUUUACCUAGAUGUGUAUUCCAGAGCAUUGAAUGUGUAAACAAACCAAAAUGUAAUGUUAUAUUUACUGCAUUCACUUCAAAAAUCCUCAAGGGUCGUUGAUUUUGGUGAGAUGUUAUUACUUUGGUCAUUGAAUAUAGUUAUUUGGUAUGUAAGUAAAAUGUGGACAGUAUACAUACUUUUUCACAGAACUGUAUUCAACGAAUCAUGGAAAUGAUGUAUGCUUAACCACUUUGUGCCGGGGCAUUUUUCAACGUUGAUGAUGCUGGGCCGGCAUGACUAUCAUUUUUUCCGUUUUCA